CGUGUUCAUCAAUUUGGAAACUUGUGUGGAUUACAUUCUCCAACAUUGCAUUGCUCAACAUUGGUGAUACGAAGAUGAGGAUGAUAUGGAAGUUGAUAUUGCUGCCUCUUCACUUCAAGCUUCUGCAAAACAUCCAUUACCGGAGCUGGAAAUCUACUGCUACUUGCUUGUCUUGAUAUUGCUGAUUGAUCAAAAGAAGUACAAUGAGCAAAAGCUUGCACCUCUGCAAGCAUUGUUCGGCUGAAGAACGUGAAUAGGAGGACUGUUGAUGUUCUAGCUACUAGGCUUUACUUCUACUACUCUCUCAGCUAUGAACUACUUACCGGUGACCUUGCUGAAAUUAGAGGGUAACUUGUAUUUCACUAUUUUCAUUUUUUAAGAUAUCCUAGUGUACCCUGGACUGUGUACUUAUUCAA